CCAUUGUUGAACAAGCAGUUGAAGGAUCGAGAGGUUGGAAACUAGGGUUAGGGUUUGGCGAUCUCGCGCGAUCAAUCGGAAAUGGCGAUGAGGGCGUUCUACAACGAGAUCAGAGGGAUGAGAUUGCGGGAGUUGCCGGCGUACCUGAAGCCGAGGCUCAGUUGGGAGAACAUCAAGAAGAGCGCCGACCAGGCUGUGGAUCGAUACAUCGAGAAGUACAUCGAGACGAGCUCUGUGGAACCGCUUUUCCAUGUGUGCAUCGGUGGGAUGAUCUUCUCCUACCUUGUCGCCCUCCCCCAUGAGCGCCGCCACCUCGAGCACCAGCAGCAGCAUGGCCAUUAGAGGCCCUGGAUCGCUUUCCGGGUGAUGACCGCAUCCAUGGUUGGUGGAUUUCUUUUUGCUUCUCUGGAUUCUAUAGUGGAAAGGACACUUUGUAUGAGCUGCCAGAUGAAUAAAAUCAUGUACUUUGAACUUUCAUUGUAAUCAGCUAAUAUUCAGAUUAAUAGUUGUCAAUUUGCCAAUCAACAUCAAAUUGCAUGUGCUAAUAUUAUCUGGAUUUCAGCUGA